CAAUCCAUAUUCCACAGCAAAAGAUUCAAACGGCAAUAAAAUCUUCGUCGAUCAAAUCAACAAAGUUCUCGCAGAAAGCUAAAAUGUCUCUGAUUCCAAGCUUCUUCGGCACCCACCGGAGCAAUGUUUUCGAUCCGUUGUCGUUGGAUAUCUGGGAUCCCUUCGAGCGCUGUCCUUUCUUAAACACCGUCGCCAAUCUCCCCUCCACCGCCGUCGCCGACGCUCACGUGGACUGGAAGGAGACGCCGGAGGCCCACGUGUUCAAGGUGGACGUUCCUGGGCUGAAGAAAGAGGAAGUGAAGGUGGAGGUUGAGGACGGCAGAGUUCUGCAGAUAAGCGGGGAGAGAAGCCGGGAAAUACAGGAGGAGAAGAACGAGAAAUGGCACCGCGUGGAGAGGCGCAAAGGGAGGUUCCUCCGCCGGUUCAGGCUGCCGGAGAAUGCGAAGUUGGGGGAGGUGAAGGCGGCGAUGGAGAAUGGAGUGCUGACAGUGACGGUGCCGAAGGAGGAGGUGAAGAAGCCGGAGGUGAAGGCCAUUGACAUCUCUGCGUAAUCCAUCUCGUCGUCUUCGAAUUGUGUGUUUGAGAGCUGUUGAAUUAGUACAAAAAGAGUGAUCUUUGAGUGAUGAACAAAGAAAAGAGUGCAAAAACGAAGUCAUUGUGAAAAUAAUUAAUUUUAUUUGUCAAAAUGUGUGUUUAAUAAAAUAUUUCAAAAUGCCAAAUUUUAUUUUUA